AUGAUUCUUAAACUAACUGGACGUAAUGCCUUCUUGGGAAUACUUUUUCUUUCUGCGGCCUUUAAUCGAUCCCCGAAUAUUGCUGACGGCGCUCCUGGGACCCAAUUUGUAAAUAUCGGAUCAAGUUAUUACUACAUUGAAACAAAUCUUAAAAAGAAUUGGUUUGAUGCCUACGAAUCUUGUCGACGAAUGCAAGCAGAUUUAAUAACGCUCGAAACCUUGGAUGAAUUGAUCGAGGUGAAUAAAUACCUUGUCAAGCGGAACAUUUACAAAAGAUAUUGGACCUCUGGAAAUGACCUGGCCAAAGAAGGAGAACAUGUGUGGUUUUCAAACGGAGAGCCAUUACGCCCGAAUCUUUGGUACGUGGGAGAACCAAACAAUAAGAAUAGGACGGAGCAUUGCGAUGUGAUGGGAAACGAAUCGAACCCAGAAAAAUUACCUGGAAUAAAUGAUAGAAGAUGCCUCUUGGAAAGUAGUUAUAUUUGCGAGUCAUUAAAGCCACAGACUGUCGUGACCUGUGUAAAAAAUUAAUAA